UAACGGUUAUUUAAAAUUCAAAAAAGCGCAGAUAAACGUGCGAAAAAAAGAAUAGAAAAUUUAUAAAAUUAAUUAAAGUAUGGCAAAUAUAGAGGAAACAGUGAAUGGGACGGAUGAUGUGCAGGAAGUACAAGACAAGAAACAAAGAAAACAUGACAGUGGAGCUGCAGAUUUAGAGAAAGUCACAGAUUUUCAAGAAGAAACGGAAUUAAGCAAUACAAUAGCAAAUGCUGCCCAAAUGUUUGUAGAGAAAGGUAAUCGUGAAGCCCAAGCAAAACUCGCCAAAGAAGUUGAAUUACAGAAAAUUCAUAUUAAGAAAAGUGACAUUGACAAAAUUAUGUUCGAAUUAGAAGUUGCACAUUCAGUUGCCGAGAAAGCAUUACGCGAGAACAAGGGUGAUGUCGUUGAAGCUCUUCGAUUCCUCAUUAAGAAUUAAGUAAAUUUUAUCGUACUCAUUUUUACGGUAUGAAUAAAUCUUUGGAUUAAGUUAAUCUUCUGGAUC